GCCGUCAGUCGCUGCCGAGACGCGGUCGAGACAACACAGUGCCGCUGCGCGCCACGCCGCGCCUCGCCGCGCCCGGGCGCAACACGUCGGCCCUAGCCGCCCAAACGCGAACGCUCGCGGCGCACUAUACCCGCCCGCUCUCUUCCUCUCUCGUGUGUGCGUGUGAGAGAGAGACAGAGAGAGAGAGAGGGCGUGACGACACAUUGCGGGCUCUGAACGCACCGUUUUACUCGUGCAAAAUGUCGGCCGGCGUUUGAAAGCCCCGCUGGAUCAAGCUGCAGGCGCGUUUCGAAGGGCCGCCUACAGGGCCAGGAGGACGACGGCCAUGACGGCGGCUGGGCGGCCGCCUGCCGGCUCCGUCGCUCCCCUAACGGCGACGGCGGCGUCCUCGAGGGCCGCGGGCCUGGCCCCACACCGCCGGCACCCGGAGCUGCCCUGAGGACCCCGUCAGUGCGGACGACGACGGCGACGGCGGCGCUCCUGCUGCUCAGGAUGCGGCUGGAUGAGGCGGGGGCGCCCGCGCCCGCCAGCUGGCCGUUGCACAGGGUGCUGGUGCUGCUCUUCGUGGCGGCGGGUGGCUGCACGGCGGUGACACCGGACCCCAAGACCUUGAGCAACAGCCUCAGCCCGCUGGAGGCCGCGGUGGGCAUCAUCUCCCCGGUGACGCCGUCCUGGCUGUCCGGCAGCUGGGGACCGUGGUCGCCGUGGAGCGCCUGCUCGCGCCCCUGCGGCACCGGGGUGGCGGUGCAGACGCGCGAGUGCAGCAGGCGCCGGGCGCGCGCCAGGGACGACAAGGACCGCGCCAAGAAGCGCCACAGGAAACGGAGCGACCGCGCAAAAAACGACGCGGACGUGGGCCCCAACAAGAAGAAGCACAAGAAGCAGCGCGUCUUCUCGACGCAGUGCGUCGGCCAGUACAAGCGGGUGCACGUCUGCAACGAGCAGGAGUGUUCGAACGGCGGCAGGGACUUCAGGGCGCAGCAGUGCGAAGCUUACAAUAAGAAGAACUUUUCCGGACAUUUCUACGAGUGGGAGCCUUUUUUAAGUGCGCCGGACCCGUGUCAGCUCAACUGUCGCGCCCGGGGCUACCGCUUCUACGCGACGCUGAACCAGACGGUGGUGGACGGCACCUCCUGCCGGCCGCAGCGGACGGACCCGGGCGGCCGCUGGCUCUGCGUCACCGGCAUCUGCCAGCGCGUGGGGUGCGACGGCGUGGUGGGGUCCAGCGCGCGCCUUGACGCGUGCGGCGUGUGCGCGGGAGACAACUCGACCUGCAGGACCGUCUCGGGCAUCUUCACAAGGCCGCAGCUGCCGCCGGGGCUCAACGUGGUGACGCUGCUGCCCCAGGGCGCCUGCAACCUCUCCAUCGCGCAGCUCAGGCCGUCCAGGAACCUGCUAAGCCUGCGCCGGCUGGGUGGUGGCCUGGUGCUGCACGGCGGCCGCGGGGCGUCCUGGUCCGGCAGGUACGAGGCGGGCGGCACCCGCUUCACGUACAGCCAGGCCGACCACCUGAGGGGCGUCGGCGAGACGCUCACGGCUCCGGGGCCGCUGUCCGAGCCCCUGGAACUCCUGCUGAUGUAUCAGCAGCCCAAUCAUGGCAUCAAAUACGAGUACGCGUUGCCGCUGUUGCGACGUGAGCUGGGAGCGGCGGGCGCGCCCCCCACUGCCCUGGCGCCACCCCUGCUGCCGCCCACCACCGCCGCGCCCAUGGACAACGAGGUCGGCGACGACGCCUUCGCCCUGGACACCCGGCCCUCUAUGGACUCGCCGGACGGCAGGGCGCAGCCGGGUCAGCGGUCCAAGGGACGGCGCUACGUGUGGAGGGUCACGGGGCUCACCGACUGCUCCAAGACAUGCGGUGGCGGUACGCAGCAAGCUGUCAUCCAGUGUGUCCGCGAGAACUCGCUGCUCCCCGUGUCGGAGAAGCGCUGCCAGGACCAGGACAAGCCCUCCUCGUACCCCGUGCGCUGCGGCACGCGGCCCUGCCCCGCCCAGUGGGUGGCUGGCGACUGGUCCGGCUGCUCGGUGACCUGCGGCUCGGGCACCCAGACGAGGGAGCAGAGCUGCCGGCAGGAGAUCUCCUCCAACCUGGCCGUGAGGGUGGCCGACGGCGCCUGCCUCAGCCCCAAGCCCGAGAUAGCCACGGUGCAGGUGUGCCGGCUGCCGGCGUGCAGCUCGUUGCACGCGCACCACCACCAGCACCACGGCCACCACCACCAGCACCACGUCGCGCACCCCCGGCCGCCGCCGCCGCCCCAGCUCGACCUGCAGCUGGAGAACGCGCCGGCGCCCGCCGCCCCCGCCCCGGCCGCGCCGGCGCCCGCGACGCCCGCCCCCGCCGCGAGCUGGUCGGUGGGGCCGUGGGGCCCAUGCGCGGCCGAGUGCGGGCGGGGCGUGCGCAGCCGCAGCGUGUCGUGCCCGUCGGGCGAGUGCCGCCCCGAGGAGGAGCCGCCCCGACAGGAGGCCUGCGACGCGGGGCCCUGCACCACCGCCGCCAUCGCGCACGUCUGGCUCGCCUCGGAGUGGUCCAGCCACUGCUCGGCCGAGUGCGGCACGGGCGUGCAGUCGCGCUCCGUCGUGUGCUCCGCGGGCCCCGGCACGGACCGGCCGCAGGCCGCGCUGAGCCCGGGCGCCGCCUGCGAGGCCCGCCUGCGGCCGCCGCACACGCGCGCCUGCUCCGCCGAGGCGGCCGCCUGCCGCGCCCAGUGGUUCGCGGCGCCCUGGGGGCCGUGCUCCGCCACGUGCGGCCAGGGCGUGCAGACCCGCGGCGUGGCCUGCGUGCUGUGGCAGCGCGGCCAGGGCCGCUACCAGGUGCAGGACGACGAGUACUGCGAGCCCCGCCAGCGCCCCGAGCUGCAGCAGCCGUGCGCGGAGCGCGCCUGCCCGCCGCACUGGUACGCCGGCGAGUGGAGCGAGUGCUCCCGCUCGUGCGGCACGGGCGCCCAGAAGAGGGAAGUCCGUUGCGUCGGUCCCGCGGGGCCGUCUACGGCGUGCGCGGAGGGUGCCAAGCUGCCAACGAGGAAGGCGUGCCUCCUGCAGGACUGCUCUGGACCCAGGGCCCCGAGCCACGACCCUGGCCACGCCCCGCCGAGCGCUGAUCAGGCUUCCCCACACUCUUUAGACGAACCUGCCGACUCCGGGGUUGUCUGCGAAGACCGUUUACGCAACUGCCACCUCGUGGUUCAGGCACGGCUCUGCAAGUAUUCGUAUUAUGGUACAUCCUGUUGCAAUUCAUGUCGACGGAAGGGCGAGUAGAGUUUAUGUGCGCUCCUGCCAUGGUGGUUUAGCUUAUCACUUUGCUGUAUCUGGUUUUGCGUGGGUUCUGUGCUACAAAUGCACUUACAAGAGAAGAUAUGCCACAUGCCCAACAAUUGAUUAUAACUCUUAUCGUUUAUAUUUGGAGUUUGUCAAUCGAUUUUGUUCCAUUUGAAGCGGAACAGAAUCCCAAUUAUACAGAAGCUGAGGAGAAAUCUAUCUCCCAGUACCAGUACCAAAAGUGGUGCUCAUUUCCAGGGCCAGAUAAUUUGAGUAUUAAGGUAUAAAAUUUAAUUCAGCCCCAGUUGUUCACUGGUUAUCCUGGUCAAAAUUUUGCCAAAUGAAACUCAUAAUAAGAGUGUAGUUCAGAAAAAAUGAUUUAAAGUUAUUGUGCUAAAAUGGAAAAGAGGGGAUGCGAUGUAACGUGUUUCUCAUGAUUUGACUGUAUUAGUAUGUAUAAAAGAAAUAAUUCCUAUAGCAAAUUAGUUGCUGCUGCUGCAGUUUUAAGUAUUGGCUGAACAUUUUAUUAUUAUAAUUUUACCGCAAGCAUUUUAUAAAUUUAUAAAGGUUGCUGUUAUGCAAAGCUGCAAAGAACUAAAAUCAAAAUUUUAAUAUGAGACAGGCAAUUUUCUAAUGGGUAUGCUGACACAAGAUUUGUCAUACCACCCACCUAUGAGAGAGAGUGUCUCAAGGUGAAGGACAUUUAAUAAUGCAGCUUGCAGCUUGUUUAGCACUGGCGAAGUUCUUGAGUUAAUGCUAAAUAAAUAUGUAGUUUAGAAUCUAAGUUAUUUUUUUUUGUUUUACUUACCUGCUGAUAGUUUAUAGAAUGAGUAAGUCUGAUUUGUACCCAUGGUAUAUUGUUGUUGCUGUUAGGUAAGACAUGAACUAUUUCCUAACAUUGCAUUUUAUCUGGUAUCCACAAAAUGUUGGUAUUUUUUGUAAGAGGAUUCUACUAAUAAUAAUUAGGUCAUCUCCACAAAUGAAUCCAAAGUGUUGCAUUAUUUUCAGUUUAUUGCCUUGUACUUAGAAAAUCUUAAAUUAAAUGUCAAAUGAAACACUA